AUGGUGAUGAUGAACAUUGAAAUUCUCUCUAGAGAGAGAAUCAAACCAUCAUCUCCAACACCACAUCACCUUAGAAACUUGAAACUUUCUUCCCUAGACCAGCUUGCUCCACCAAUUUAUGUUCCCAUAGUUCUCUUCUAUCAUGCCCAAUGCAAUCUAGGCACUGAUAAUCAUUUCAAACAAUCUUCUUUGCUCAAAAAGUCUCUAGCAAAAUGCUUAACUUGUUUCUAUCCGUUGGCCGGGACAAUCAACGACCAGUCUUCAGCUGUGGACUGUAACGACGAGGGAGUUGAUUAUCUGGAAGCUCUAGUGCACUGCAAAUUGUCACAUGCUACAGAAAUGGCCAACAUGAAUGUACUGAGCCAAUUGUUACCAUUUGAAGCUUAUAAUGGAUCCGAAAAAGAGGUACUUUUAGCUGUCCAAUUCAACAUCUUCGAAUGUGGCGGUGUUGCAAUUGGUGUGUGCAUUUCACAUAAGAUCGCGGAUGGAACAUCAUUGAUUACUUUUGUCAAUGCAUGGGCUGCUUUGUCUCGAGGGUCUAAUGACCAAAUUGGGCAUCAUUCUUUUGAUGCAGCAAUGCAUUUCCCGCCUAAAGAUGCAUCGGAGCUCACACGAAAAAUAGGGUUUUCAUGUAACAUAGGGAUCAUGAAAGAAAAGGUCGUGACCAAAAGAUUUGUGUUCGACAAAUUAAGCAUAGCUGCACUUAGAGACAGAGCAUCCUCAGCUGAAGUGAAGAACCCUACUCGCGUUGAGGCUGUUUCAGCUUUCAUUUGGAGACGUUUCAUGGCCAUGACACGGACAAGACAAGGACACGCAACAGUCUGUGCAGCUCUUCAUGCUGUGAACUUGCGCGAGAGGAUGGAACCGCCGUUGCCAAGCCACAGUUUUGGAAAUCUUUGGAGGGUUGCAAUUGCGCCGAUGAUGGUUAACGAUAAUGAGAUUGAUAUGCAUGUCUUGGUGAGGCAGUUGAGGCAGGCUAUAAGGGGAAUUAAUGGUGACUAUGUGAAGAAACUACAAAGUGGUGAUGGAGGUGUAGAAACAAUGAGGAGGUCAUGUGAUGAAUUUUCAAAGGGUAAGACAGAGUUCCUAAACUUCACUAGUUGGUGCAGAUUUAGGUGGUAUGAGGUUGAUUUUGAGUGGGGGAAGCCAACAUGGGUGUGCAGCCCUAUGAGGCAUUAUAAGAAUGUGAUCAUAUUGAUGAGUACAAAUGAUGAAGGAAUAGAGGCAUGGGUGAACAUGUUGGAAGAAGAGAUGGCUAUGUUUGAAAGUGACUCUGAGCUCCUCCCCUUUGUUUCCUCCACCUUUGGUGAUUGA